AUGGAAGGAGGAAUGUUAAAAGUUACCUUAUUACUAGCCGGAUUAAGCCUUGUUUUGGCCGGUACUCGGCCAAUUUCGGAUUGCGGUGAGCGCAUUGAGGACGAUGGCUAUCCUAUGGAGCGUCACGUAGUGACCACCAGUGACAGCUACAUCCUGACCAUGCACCGCAUCCCGUAUUCCCCCAAAACGGGCGACACUCCCGAUCGUCCGGUGGCCUUCCUCAUGCACGGAAUGCUGAGCUCCUCCUCCGAUUGGGUGCUCAUGGGUCCGGAGAGAUCCCUGGCCUACAUGCUGGCCGAUGCCGGCUACGAUGUGUGGAUGGGCAAUGCCCGAGGCAAUACCUACUCCAAGGCCCACAAGUUCUGGCCCACCUACUGGCAGCUCUUCUGGAACUUCAGCUGGAACGAAAUCGGCAUCUACGAUCUCCCUGCGAUGAUUGAUUACGUGCUGAAGAAGACAGGCCAGCAGCAGGUGCAAUAUGUGGGCCACUCGCAGGGCACCACUGUCUAUCUGGUGAUGGUGUCGGAGAGGCCCGAGUACAAUGACAAGAUCAAGUCCGCCCAUCUUCUGGGACCCGCCGCCUUUAUGGGCAACAUGAAGAGCCCGAUGACCCGAGCCUUUGCCCCCAUUUUGGGCCAGCCCAAUGCCAUUGUGGAGCUUUGCGGAUCCAUGGAGUUCAUGCCCAGCAACAAGUUCAAGCAGGAUAUGGGCAUCGAGAUGUGCCAGGCCACUUCGCCCUACGCCGAUAUGUGUGCCAACGAGAUUUUCCUGAUUGGAGGCUACGACUCCGAGCAGCUCGACUAUGACCUACUUCAGCACAUCAAGGCCACCUCUCCGGCUGGGGCGUCUGUAAACCAAAACCUGCACUUCUGCCAGGAAUACAACUCCAAAAAGUUCCGUAAAUUUGACUACACAGCUCUUCGUAAUCCCUACGAAUACGGCAGCAUGUCUCCCCCUGAUUACAAGUUAAAGAAUGCCAAGGCUCCUGUGCUAUUGUACUAUGGAGCCAAUGACUGGAUGUGUGAUGUGAGCGACGUGCGAAAGUUGAGGGAUUCACUGCCCAACAUGGCACUGGAUUAUCUGGUGCCUUUCGAGAAGUGGGCUCAUCUGGAUUUCAUUUGGGGAACUGAGGCCAGGAAAUAUGUGUACGACGAGGUCUUGAAGCAGAUGCGGUCCUUCGAAUAG